AUGCUUAGAGAGAGACAGGCGCAAGAACUAUCGGGGCUUUUGAAGGGAGAGUCAUUUGAAUGGUCUGUGCUAAUACUGGACAAGGAUGGGCAGGAUGUGAUUUCUCCUUUAUUCAUAAUGACAGACUUGAUGGAAAUGGGUAUUGUGCAGUGUUUAAAGAUGGAGGACAUUCGUGAGCAGAAUCUAGAGACGCGUGCUGUGUAUUUAAUAAAGGAAACUGAAGAAAACAUAAGCAGGAUCUUAGAAGAUGUAAAGAUGCAGCUAUACAGCAAGAUAGAAAUACUUUUUACGGGAAUAAUUAGCACUUCUUUAUUGAAGGAUUUAGCUUUUAAAGCAGCCGCACUGAAAGAGGCCAGUAGAAUAGUAAGAAUUACUGAUGCAAUUACGAAUAUUUCACUUCUUCAUGAGAGUAUUUAUACAAUGAAUAUGACAAAGUCAUUUGUUGAGACCGUGCAAUUAGCACAGAAGUACAUUACAACUGGAAAGGAUUCUUGUGCCGAGAGGGCAAUGGAAGAGCACUACCGUGCACUGUCAAAUAAUUCAAUAGAUGAUUCACUAACUCUGUCAAAGGAGGAGGUAAUGAAUGAGCACGGAGAGUACUUUGACAAGAUUGUGAUGGGUCUUUCUUCUGUGUUUAAGAACGGGCUAGCGCCUGCUGUGUUUUAUAACCAUCCGAUAGCCAAGAAAGUAUCUUCUGAGCUACUUGAUAGGCUAUCAGAUAUUUCAGAGGUUAUGGAGAAGCAGCGGCCUAAUAAACCAAAAAAAAUGAAAAGACCCCUUCUUGUCAUUCUCACGCGGGGGGAAGACUUGGUCACUCCUCUUUAUCAUACAAACACGUACGGUGCAAUGCUAAAUGAGAUAUUUGACUUUUCUUUGAAUAAGCUUGUCAUUCACAAUCCCAUAAGCAAACCACAGGAGAAGAAAGAGAAAGAGACGUACAAUCUUAACAGAUAUGAUACACUCUACAACGACAAUAUUCACGAGCCAUUUACAACAGUAGUAGAUCGAGUGAAUGAGGAUUUGCAGGCAUACAAAGAGUUAUCACAGAGUGCAUCAAUAAAUAUGGCGACGGGUAAUGACGAUAUGGUACGGUCACUUAUCCAGCUGCCAGACCUUCUGGGGAAGAACCGGUUGCUCUAUAAUCACAUGAACAUUGUGCUGAAUGCAAUAAAAAUCAUACAACAGAAACACUUAGAUGAGCUAUUUGCAGUUGAGGAUGGCAAUGCACUGGAUAUGCCAGAGGUAGAAGAGAUCAUCAAUAAAGUAGAGUUAAAUGAUCUUAUAAGACUGUGUGCUGUUGUAUUCAGUAAGUUCAACAAGCACUAUGCAGAAGUCUCAGCCCUUGCAGGGAAGAGGAUUAAAAACAGCAAAGUACUAAAGUACAUAGAAAAUAACACGGUGCAGCACAGCACCAGAAAGAAGAUCCUGCAUAACAUAAAGAAAAUGAUUGGUGUGCAGAAAGAUGGCAUUAUAAAACGGGUGGAUGAAGUUUGGUCAGGGAAGACAGAAGAUUUCUCCUCUCUGAACAUAUUCAUCCUGGGCGGGGGCACAUAUGACGAGUACACAGCAGUUUUAGAAUACGGAAAAGCGCAUAAGAUAGAAGUGACAUACGGCAGUACUGAAAUAUUUUCAGCGAACUCUUUCAUGGCACAGAUCGAUGAAAUUGCAUAAUCUGCCUGACAAGCCUAUUUUGUCUGUACUAAAUCUGUAUACGUGCACAUUUCGGGUUAUCACUGUGUAUUAAAUCAUUAGCCAAAUAAUUAUCAUGAUAAAUUCAG